AUGUCCGGAUAUGACCGAGCUCUUUCAGUAUUCAGCCCUGAUGGGCACGUCUUCCAGGUGGAGUAUGCCAUGGAAGCUGUGAAGAGAGGAACAUGCGCCGUCGGAGUAAAAGGUAAAGAUGUUGUCGUGCUGGGCUGCGAGAAGCGCUCCGCCUUGAAGCUCCAAGAUACCCGCAUCACACCGUCGAAGAUCGCCGUGCUUGACAACCAUGCCGUUCUCGCUUUCGCUGGAUUGAACGCCGAUGCCCGUAUCCUCAUCGAUAAGGCUAGACUAGAGGCCCAGUCACACCGCUUGACCGUUGAAGACCCCGUCACCAUCGAAUACAUCACCAAAUACAUCGCCGGUGUGCAGCAGCGGUACACGCAAAGCGGAGGUGUUCGACCCUUCGGUAUUAGUACCCUGGUUGUGGGAUUCGAUCCGAACGACACGGUGCCGAGAUUAUAUCAGACUGAGCCAUCGGGUAUCUAUUCUGCUUGGAAAGCCAACGCUAUCGGCCGUUCUAGCAAGACCGUUCGGGAAUUCCUCGAGCGCAACCACCAGGAUGAUAUGGACCGUGAGCAGACGAUUCAGCUUACCAUCAAGUCGUUGUUGGAGGUCGUGCAGACCGGCGCCAAGAACAUCGAGGUGGCUAUCAUGUCGCCCGGGCAGACGAUCGAGAUGCUGCCAGAAGAUCAGAUCGAGGCCUACGUUAAGAGUAUAGAAACCGAGAAGCAAGAGGAGGCUGCGAAGAAGAAGACGGCCCGGACCAGCACCACGACGGCGGCUAUCCUAACAAGAGGUGGCGGAGAGUCCAGCGACGCCUAG